AUGCCCGAGAGGCGGCUCUCCGCGGAGCCACCCGUUAUUACUGAAGAAGACUUUGAAGAUUGUUUGGCAACAGAUGACUUCCUUGUGGACUACUUUAAUGAAUUCCUAAGCCUUCCAACAUUUUCAGAAGCAAUUAGAUUUAAUAUGGAUUAUGGAGUUUUUGAAAUAAUUAACGAGGCCCCACAACUUUUAGAAAAACAACUGAAAAAAAUUCUUCUAAACCAGCAACCUCGAAAUCCCAUCUAUGAUGUUAUAAGGAAAGGAAAGAAUGAGGUUAAACCUCUUCAAAUGCAUGUCCACAGUGAAGAGGAAACCAUCAAUGUUAACUACAAUAUUAUGUGUCUCAAUCGUGAACAAGGUAUCAAAUGGAUCAAAAAAGAAAGACUUCCAGCUUUUCUGGAAAGUGAUUGCUAUUUUGAAUACAGGUUAGCCAAACUGGUCUCACAAGUAAGAUGGAGCAAGUCAGGUAUGAAUUUUACAAUAGGUGCGAAUUUUGCUCCCUGGCUCCUAAGAAAAACACCCAGUCCACAGCCUUCUCUCACUGAUGAAGAAGAUCUGAUAAUUAUGAAAAAGUUCUACCUUUCUCUUGGUGAGGCCUCCUACACUCAAACAAAAGAUUGGUUUUCACUAGCAAAGCAAAGUCAGCAAACAGUCUCCACCUUUGCCUUACCCUGCUCUAUGUCCCACAGCAAAGUCACACCAUCUGUUUCCGAAAGUUUUAUCUUUGAUGAUGGAGUUCACCCCAGGACAAAAAAAAGAGCAUCUAAUUUAAUUUCACUGGAAGAAGAAGAAGAAGGGUCUGUUUGUGUAAAAGACACUGCUUCUCAAGCUCUUCUGAGAAUAUACCUUGAAAAGCAACAGAGUGAGAUUGAGGAACACCUGGAAUUACAUUUCUCAACAUGUGAAGAAUUUUUAAACUCCUUUGUGGUCUUUGUUUUGAAUUCAGCCAUUCAGAAAAUUACUGGGUUAGUUUUGGAAAACCCAGACUUUAUAGACUUCAGUCAUGUAACACAAGUGUCAUUUGAUGAUUGUUUUGAGUCUGCCCUUUGUCAAAAGUUAGUAGGUAGAGGAGUUCCAACCACAGAUGAAAACCUAGAAGACAAACUAGGAAAAAUAAGUCUAAGUUCAACAAGUGAGAGCAUUGGACCUGAGAGCAGGGCUGACUGGUGUGUUUCUCACAGAACUUAUGACAUUGGUAAUAGAAAGGAAUUUGAAAGAUUUAAGAAAUUUAUAAAGGGCACAUUAGGAGAAAGGUAUUGGUGGCUCUGGAUGGAUAUCGAGAGGUUAAAAGUUCUUAAGGAGCCUGAAAGACAUCAAAGACAUCUUGAGAAGAUGAAAAAAUGCUAUCUUGUGAGCAGUGGAGAGUGCUACCUUUCUCCAGAAAUCUUAUCAAAACUGAAACUAUUAGAUGGAGCUCAGUGGACUGAUGACCAUUUAAAAAAUAUUCAAGUUGAGGUUGUAAAACCUUUACUUCUAUAUUGGGCACCAAGAUUCUGCGUCACUCAUUCAACCUCCACAAAACAUGCUAGUGCUGAACUGAAAUUUUGGCGACUCCGGCAGGAGAAACCAAGGAUGGAUAUUGACCCUUUCCCACAAAUGGCAACCCUCUUGCCACUAAGACCUAAGUCUUGCAUUCCACAGAUACCUGACGUCCAGAAAGAGGAAGUGAGUUUAACACAACCUCCAAAAUCUCCCAGAAAAUCAGACAGAGUAAAAACAGCAAUUCAUAAGUCUUGGAAGGGCGAGUCUUUGAAUCCUCCUGCUAAGGAUGAUGGGAUUGAGAAAGGGUCAAGGUACAUGUCAGAAAGAAGCAGAGUGAUUCAUUUAACAUCAUUCACUGACAUUUCUGAAUGUCUGAAGCCCCAGCUGGAGAGAAGAUAUAUUUAUACAGAAGAGCCUAAUGUUAAAACUAUAUCAGAUGUUGGUGCCUUGGGAGGAUAUGACAUGGAAAAUCUGUUGCAAUCUUUGUAUGUAGAAAAUAGAGCUGGAUUCUUCUUUACUAAAUUCUGUGAGGAUUCAGGGAACAAGUUGUGGAAGAACAGUGUGUACUUUUGGUUUGACCUCCAGGCUUAUCAUCAGCUGUUCUACCAAGAAACACUUCAGCCUUUUAAAGUAUGCAAGCAAGCACAAUAUCUUUUUGCCACCUACGUUGCGCCAUCAGCCACUUUUGAUAUUGGACUUGAACAGGAAAAGAAAAAAGAAAUUUAUAUGAAAAUACAACCACCAUUUGAAGACCUUUUUGACACAGCAGAGGAGUAUAUUCUUCUCAUCCUGCUGGAGCCCUGGUCAAAGAUGGUGAAGUCAGACCAAGUUACCUACAGAAAGGUGCAAUUGGAGGAAGAAACUCGGCAGUUAGACUCUACAUACUUCAGAAAGCUACAAGCUUUGCAUAAAGAGACAUUUUCCAAGAAAGCUGAGGGUACCACUGAUGAAAUUGGAACUAGUAUUUUAUCACUCGCUAAUGUCUCUAAACAAACAGAAUAUUGGAAUAAUGUUCCUGAAGAAUACAAGCAUUUUACUUUUAAUGAUCUGCUUAAAAACAAAUUGGAAUUUGAACAUUUUCGUCAAUUUCUUGAAUCUCAUUCUUCAAGCAUGGACCUUAUGUGCUGGAUAGACAUUGAACAGUUUCGAAGAAUAGUUUUCAAAGAUCGAAAUCAAAGAGAGGCAAAAUCAAUAUACAUUAAAAACAAAUACCUUAAUAAAAGGUAUUUCUUUGGACCCAAAAGUCCAGCUUCUAUAUAUCAGCAGAAUGAGAUAAUGCGUUUAAGUGGUGGCUGGGGGAAGAUUCUGCAUGAACAGCUGGAUGCACCUGUUCUAGUUGAAGUUCAGAAACAUGUCCUGAACAGGCUAGAAAAUGUGUGGCUGCCAUUGUUUCUUGCAAAUGAACAGUUUGCAGCACGUCAAAAGAUAAAGAUACAGAUGAAAGACAUAGCAGAUGAGCUUUUACAACAGAAGCAUGAAAGGAAAAUCGGGGUCUGGAAGCCUGUGGAGAGCAAGUGGAUAUCUUCAUCUUGUGAAAUUAUUGCUUUUCGUAAAGCAUUAUUGAAUCCAGUUACUUCAAGACAGUUUCAACGUUUUGUGGCUCUAAAAGGAGAUUUAUUAGAAAAUGGAGUACUUUUUUGGCAAGAAGUACAAAAAUAUAAGGAUUUGUGCCACUCCCAUUGUAGUGAGUCUGUCAUCCAACAGAAGAUCACGACAAUCAUCAACUGCUUCAUUAACUCCUGUAUUCCACCCGCCUUACAAAUUGACAUUCCAAUAGAGCAAGCCCAGAAGAUUAUUGAACACAGGAAAGAGUUAGGGCCAUAUAUAUUCAGAGAGGCACAGAUGACAAUUUUUGGGGUUCUGUUUAAAUAUUGGUCACAGUUUUGUGAGUUUAGCAAGAAUUUAACUGAUGAUAAAAUUAUGAGUGUUUUAGAGAGAAGACAGGAAUAUAAACAGAAAAAGAAAAUAUCACUCCUCGAUGAAGAGAAAUUUGGAAAGGUUGGAGCCAAACCAAGUACCAUAAUGUCUGCUACCAAAACUGUGUUACCCAGUGAAUCUAGCUUAGGUCUGCAAGCAUAUGGCCGACAGCCAACCUGGUGCUACUCAAAGUACAUAGAAGCAUUGGAACAGGAAAGAAUUCUUCUUAAAAUCCAAGAGGAUCUGGAAAGGAAGAUGUUCACAGGUACAACAUCUCUCACAAAUUUUUUGAAGUCUACUGGUUCACCUAUGACUUUGAAGAAGAAUGUGUCUCUCCAUUCCUUCCAGAAGUAACCAUAUGUUACUGUGAUCACAUCCACUUCUGAUCCCCAAGGAAUUCUUUCACUGACACAAGAAGCUCAAGUGGUUGAUUUUUA